AUGGCUUCCAAGUACUAUGCUCAGACCAUAUCUUCUGGGUCUGUCAAGGGUGGGGGUCUCACUCGGAUGUCUUCCGUCCAUUCCACUGGCUCAUGCAGAGCACCAAGCCUGGCCUUUGGCAGCAGGAGCAUCUCCACCUCUUCCAUGAAGCUGGGAGCUGGGAGCAUUUGCUCACCUGGGCCUGGGUUUCUUGGAAGCUACGGCUGGCACGAUGAAGGGAUCCUGAGUUGCAAUGAAAAGGAGCUGAUGCAGUGCUUGAAUGACCGCCUGGCCAGUUACCUGGAGAGAGUGCGCUGCCUGGAGCAGGAAAACGCCAACCUGGAAUGCAAGAUCCGGGAGUGGUAUGAAUGUCAAGUCCCCUACGUCUGCAUCGACUUUCAAUCUUAUUACAAGAUCAUCGAGGAACUCCAGCACCAGAUCUUGUGCGCCAAGACAGACAAUGCCAGGCUGGUCUUGGAAAUUGACAAUGCUCGCCUAGCUGCUGACGACUUCAGGACCAAGUACGAGACAGAGCUGGCUCUUCGCCAGAGUGUUGAGGCUGACAUCAAUGGGCUGCGCCGAAUCCUGGAUGAAUUGACUUUAUGCCGGUCAGACCUGGAAGCUCAGCUUGAAUCCCUUAAGGAGGAACUCAUUUGUCUCAGGAAGAACCAUGAGGAGGAAGCAAGCGGACUGCGCUCAAAGCUUGGGGCCAGAGUUAAUGUGGAGGUGGAUGCUGCCCCGUCGUGCGACCUGAACAAAAUCCUGGAUGAGAUACGGAGUCAGUAUGAGAGCCUGGCUGAAAAAAACCGCAGAGACGUUGAGACUUGGUUCACUUCUAAGAUGGAGGAGCUGAACCAGCAGGUGAUCUCCAGUGGUGAAGAGCUGCAGACCUGCCAGUCAGAGAUCAUUGAGCUGAGGCACACUGUCCAAGCCCUUGAGAUUGACCUGGAUGCCCAACAUAACAUGAAAAAUGCUCUAGAGUGCACCCUGCAAGAAACGGAGGCCCGCUAUAGCACCCAGCUGGCCCAGCUCCAGUGCCUGAUCAGCAACAUAGAAGGUCAGCUAGGAGACCUCCGGUGCGACAUGGAGCGCCAAAGCCACGAGUACAAGAUUCUCCUGGAUGUCAAGACACGCCUAGAAUCAGAGAUCACAACAUACCGACGUCUGCUGGAAGGAGAAGAUUACAAGUUCCCUAGGGCUCCGUGUGUGCCAGAAUGUCCCCCUCCAGUCUGUGCUCCGGUCCCCCAGAUCACCAAAAAGAUUCGCACCAUCACAGAGGAGAUUAAAGAUGGGAAGAUCAUAUCGUCUCGGGAACAAGUCCAGCACCUCACCCUCUAAGGCAACAAUACAUCAAAAAACGAAGCCAAUCCGUCCAGUCAGAAGGGAGAAAUCUUCAUUCUGUCAUGCCACUGCACAUAUUUUCAGGGCUAAUAUUCUGC